AUGUCACCAACUUCGCCGUUCAAGGCUUUUUUCGAGGCGCACACGCCUGACUACCGUCCAUAUGAGGAAUUCUACAAAACUCUUCAUGCUAACCCCGAGGUAUCCUGGAGAGAAGUAGAGACGGCAGAAGCGAUAGCGAACAGAUUAAGCCAGAUUUCUCCUCAUCUUCAGAUUACUAGGGGCAUUGAGGGAACUGGUCUGAUUGCUGUUAUGCGCAACGGGUUAGGCCGAACGGUUCUACUUCGCGCCGAUAUGGAUGCUCUCCCUGUGGAAGAGCUGACAGGACUGGAAUAUGCGUCUAAAAAGCGUGUAGAGGACGCUGAUGGUUCAAUGCAACCGGUGAUGCACGCUUGUGGCCAUGAUAUGCACGUCACUGCGCUCCUGGCGGCUACUGAGACUCUCAUUCUUGGACGGACGCAGUGGUCAGGGACUCUGGUAUGCCUCUUUCAACCAGCAGAGGAGUCUGGAAACGGAGCUAGGCGCAUGAUCGAGGAUGGCCUCUAUGAUAAACACGGCUGCCCGAUUCCUGAUAUCCUGUUGGGACAGCACGUCUCGCCUCGAAAAUCUGGACACACAGACACUCGCCCUGGGCCGCUUAUGGCAGGCGUUGAUGAGAUGAAGAUUAUCGUGUAUGGGCGCGGUGGCCAUGCUAGCAUGCCGCACAUGUCAGUCGAUCCGAUCGUGCUUGCUAGCCACAUUGUGGUGCGGCUGCAGACCAUUGUCAGUCGAGAGGUUACUCCAGGCAGUUUGGCUGUGGUGACCGUUGCAUCAUUGCACAGCGGGAAGGCUAUCAAUGUCAUCAGUGAUCAUGCGACCAUUGAGUUGAGCAUCCGCAGUGUUGAUUCCGAGGCUCGUGACUCCAUAAUUGGUGCCAUCAAACGCAUUGUCGAGGCUGAGUGUAAUGCUUCAGAUAGUCCGCGUGACCCGGUAUUCGAGGUCGUCUCAUCAAUCCCGGCAAUGUAUAACGACCCAAAUACUACACAUACAAUCAAUCGCAGCUUUUCUGCGCAUUUUGGUCAUCAGAAUCGCAAUCCGGCUUGCGAGAUCGUUCCGGCCUCUGAAGACUUCAGUCACUUAGCAACAGCUGUUGGCAAGCCGUAUUGUUUUUGGUUCUUUGGAGGUCACGAUACUUCCGACUGGGAAGAAAGAGCCAAAGCAAACCGUCUCGAUGCGGCGCCUUCUCUCCACAGCGCCUUGUUUGCCCCGGCAAUACAGCCAACCUUAUCCAUUGGAGCUGAAGCUCUUGUAGUGGCGGCCAUGACCAUGUUUUCCGAUUACGCAAAUGGAUCCGAUGGCCAGGGAGUUGCUGUACCUCGAGCAUAG